AUGUUAAAAAAAUGUUUGAUCCCGUAAUUAAAAAGAUUCUUAAGUUAAUACGUGAUCAACUGAAUCGAGGUGGUUCGAUUUCUGCCAUGUUCUUGGUGGGAGGUUUUAGUGAAUCGAAAUAUUUACAAAAAAGAAUUCGUGAAGAAUUCUCGGACGAAGUUAGGAAUAUUUCCGUGCCUCCUCAGCCAAUGGCUGCCAUAGUUAGAGGAGCGCUUGAGUAUGGUCUUAAUAUGCAGAAAAUUAAAUCCAGAACGUUACCCUUGACUUAUGGUAUUGAAUUGGCACCACUCUGGAAAGAAGGUGAUCCACCAGAAAGAAAACAAACACACGGUAGAAUUUUUAUUUUCCGACGCUUAGUGUCAAAAGGCAUCGAAGUUGACGUUGAUCAAGAAUUUGGAUUAGAAUUACACCCUAGCUUUCAAAAUCAAAUAGAAAUUUCAAUCGAGGUAUACGCGACCAACGCAAUUGAAGCAAAAUAUUGCGAUGAACCUGGGAUGAAAAAGAUCGGGGAAUUAAGAUUAGAUUUUCCGGACCCACAUCUUGGUUUCCACAGAAAAAUAACAUUUACCUUAACAUUUGGUCAAAUGGAAAUUCGGGCUUACGCGAGAAAUCAGUUAGGCCAAUCGACAAAUGCCAAUUUUGAACUUGAACUUUAG